GUCUGUGUCUGUGUCGCUCACUAGUAACCGUGAGUUUUUACCACUUCGUCACCUCUCGGCGGCGGCCGGGAGCAGGUACCCGCAGGCGGCGCAGGGGUCCUCCCCGCGCCCCGCUGCCGCCGGCCUCGCAGACCUGUCCUCCAGCCCCGCCCCGUUCUUGACCAAACAUGACAGACUCUGAACAUGCAGGGCACGACAGAGAAGAUGGCGAAUUAGAAGAUGGUGAAAUAGAUGAUGCAGGACUCGAAGAAACACAAGAACAGGAAGCAAAAGAGGAAAAACAGAAAAAUGAAAAAGCCUAUAGAAAAUCAAGGAAAAAACACAAGAAAGAAAGAGAGAAGAAAAAAUCCAAAAGGAGAAAACGUGAAAAACAUAAGCAUAAUUCUCCAUCUAGUGAUGAUAGUUCAGACUACAGCCUUGAUUCAGAUGUCGAACAUACAGAAAGUUCCCACAAAAAAAGAGCUAGUUUCUACAGGGAUUAUGACAUUCCAUUUUCUCAGCAUGGACACUUAUCAGGAAGCUACAUGACAUCAAAGAAGAGUCAACAUAACAAAAAAUUUAAAAGUAAAGAAUAUGAUGAGUACAGUACGUACAGUGAUGACAACUUUGGUACCUACAGUCAGGAAACAGAGGAAGAUUUUGCCAAUCAGCUGAAACAAUACAGACAAGCUAAAGAAACCUCAACUACUGCUUUAGGAUCAUCAUUUUCUAAAGAACCAGGGAAAAAACAAAGAAUGAAGGCUCAGCAAGGUAUUGAACAGAGGGUUAAAACUUUUAAUGUUGGUCGUGGACGUGGUUUGCCGAAGAAAAUCAAACGCAAAGACCGUGGGGGAAGAACCAAUAAAGGGCCUAAUAUUUUUUCAGGAAUGGAUGACUAUCAAGAGUAUAGUAAACCAGGGAAAAAAUGGAAGGUUAUGACUCAGGAAUUCAUUAAUCAGCACACAGUGGAACACAAAGGAAAACAAAUCUGUAAAUACUUUCUGGAAGGGAGAUGUAUUAAGGGAGAUCAGUGUAAAUUUGAUCAUGAUGCAGAGUUGGAGAAGAGAAAGGAGAUCUGCAAAUUUUAUUUACAAGGAUAUUGUACCAAAGGAGAGAACUGCAUUUAUAUGCAUAAUGAAUUUCCGUGUAAGUUCUAUCAUAGUGGAGCAAAAUGUUACCAAGGAGACAAUUGUAAAUUUUCACAUGAUGAUCUGACUAAAGAAACAAAGAAACUUUUGGACAAAGUGUUGAACACUGAAGAAGAAGCCACAAAUGAAGAUGAACGAGAAUUAGAAGAACUUAGAAAACGGGGCAUAACUCCUCUUCCCAAACCACCUCCAGGAGUUGGGCUUCUGCCAACCCCACCAGAGCAUUUUCCCUUUUCUGAUCCUGAAGAUGAUUUUCAGACCGAUCUCUCUGAUGAUUUCAAGAAAAUCCCAUCUCUUUUUGAAAUAGUUGUAAAACCUACUGUGGAUUUAGCACAUAAGAUUGGGAAGAAGCCACCAGCAUUUUAUAACAGUACCUCACCACCAGGACCACAGUUUCAGGAAAGCAGCCCACAUCCUCAACAUAUCUAUAGUUCUGGAUCAAGUCCAGGUCCUGGACCUAAUAUGUCUCAGGGACACAGUAGUCCUGUGAUGCACCCGGGCUCCCCCGGACAUCAUCCAUGCGCAGCAGUGCCACUCAGCCCACCUUUGCCACCUGCUCCACCUGGAAUUUUAGGUCCUCACAGUCAAGCUGGGGUACUUGUUCAACCAGAUGCACCUUUGACACCACCGAGUAUGAGUGGUGCUUACCAUUGCUCGGGCUUUCCAGAACAUAUGAUGAAAGUACCUAGAGAGAAUCACUGUUCUCCAGGUUCCUCAUACCUGCAAAGUACUGGUGAAAUGCAGCUCAACACCAGUUAUGAGUCCCUACAAAACCCAGCUGAAUUUUAUGAUAAUUACUAUUCACAGCAUGCUGUACAUAAUUUUCAGCCACCCAAUAACUCUGGUGAUGGGAUGUGGCAUGUUGACUUUGCCCAGCAUCAGCCAACCAUUGUUCAAGACUCCCCUAACCGUGCAAGUGGAUCUGACGGCAGCAGCAACACAACAGGCCAUGGCCCCCUGCCUGCACCAGGCCUCCUCCCUGCAGUGCAGAGAGCUCUUUUUGUCAGACUUACUCAGAAGUACCAAGAAGAUGAACCAAGCAGCACCCAACCUCAAAGGGCACCAAGCAAGGAAGAAGAUGAUACUGUUAACUGGUAUUCAAGUAGUGAAGAGGAAGAAGGAAGCAGUGUGAAGUCAAUACUGAAAACAUUACAGAAACAAACAGAAACUUUAAGGAAUCAGCAACAACCUUCCACAGAGCUCAGCACUCCUACUGACCCAAGACUCGCUAAAGAGAAAAGCAAAGGAAACCAAGUUGUUGACCCUAGACUUAGGACUAUCCCAAGGCAAGACAUGAGAAAAUCUGAAUCUACCCCACUGGAUCUUAGACUUGCAUGGGAUCCCAGGAAACUGAGAGGGAAUGGAAGCGGUCACGUAGGAUCUUCUGUUGGUGGAACAAAGUUUGAUUCACAUCAUGCAAAUGCUAGCUCUGUCAAACACAAAAGAGGAGAUGAUGAUGAUGAAGAUACAGAAAGAGAAUUGAGAGAAAAAGCUUUCUUAAUACCUUUGGAUUCUUCCCCUGGCAUAAUGCUCCAAGAUCCAAGGUCUCAGCUGAGGCAGUUCAGUCACAUUAAAAUGGAUAUUAUCCUAACCAAACCCAACUUUGCAAAACACAUCGUGUGGGCUCCAGAAGACUUACUUCCAGUCCCUUUACCUAAACCUGACCCAGUAUCUUCAAUCAAUUUACCUCUGCCCCCUCUUAUAGCUGACCAGAGGCUCAAUAGGUUAUGGAAUACAAAAAGCGAUCUUCAUCAGAACACAGUGCCCACUGAUUCGAAAUCAGCAGCCAAAGCCAAAGUGAACACCACAAACAGAGAAGGCUACCUAGAACAAUUUGGAGACUUACAUAGUUCAGGAAGUAAAUUAGGAGAUCCUAGGCUGCAAAAAAAUUUUGAUCCUAGGCUUCAUAGACUGCACAGUACAGAGUCUCACCCAGCUGUUGUGAAGGACUCACAUACAUUAAAGGCCACCCCUCACUUAGCCAGAUCUAACCCUGCUUCGUCACAGCCCUCAGGGGCAGCGACUAGCAGUUCUGGGCCAGGGCCUUUGCCUCCAUAUGCCCCUAAACUCUCCUCUUCAGCUGGCCUUCCCCUGGGAACUCCAAGUUCAGUUCUUAGUGGCAUUAGUUUGUAUGACCCUAGGGAGCAUGCUUCAUCAUCUGCAUCAGAGCUAGCAACAGAAAAUGCAGAGAACCAGAAAAAAAGUGGUGGUUUAAAAAGUAGUGACAAAAAUGAGCCUUCUCCUGGAGAAGCAGUCCUGCCACACAAAACCAGUGCAAACGUGGAAGUCGCUGUGGAUGGGCUGGCUGAUCCCCAGGCAGAUAUUCUCAGGAGUCCUGGUAUGGUUCAGGUCCCAGCAGUGCACAGUCUUCCUAUUCAGGCAUUAACAGGCUUAAUUAGACCCCAGUACAGCGAUCCAAGGCAGUCCAGGCAGCCAGGACAGAUGAGCCCCACCCCAGAAAGUGAUCCCAGUAGAGAACCAGAUGACAAAUCUCUGAAAGAGGUUUUUAAAACUUUUGAUCCAACUGCUUCACCAUUUUGUUAGCUAUUCUUUUCACUCUGUGACUAUUACAGUCCUCUGCUGUUUUGUAACUGGUUUACCUCUAUAGUUUAUUUAUUUUUAAAUUAUAAAUACUUUUCAGCUGCUAGUAUCAGAACCACAUGAAGUUAUAUCCUCUAAAGCCUGUGGUAUUUUAUAUAAUAUUUUUAUAACUUUAAGAGACUGUAGUAAUUGACAUAGAAACCUAUAUAUCAUGUUAGCUUCAGUAAAAGUACUUUUAUCGUUAAUAAACCAUCAUGAACUUGACACUCUGCCCAAAUAUAUGCCAGUCGUCUUUCAUAAUCAAUGUUUAGAUAAAUGAUUACCACUUUUAUAUGGUUGUUAGUUUCAAGCAAUAUGAUGUACAUUACUUUUGAGCAACAGUAUUUUGACUAGGAUCUUCUCUAUUUGUCAACACAGAACUGAUUAAUAUGUAAUGCUAACUGCUAACUAAAAUGUAAAAUGAAGUAAAGAAAACAUUUUUAAAAUCACAAUCAACAGAGCAGUUUGUGUUUAAGGGCAUCACUUUUAUUAGUAUUGGCAAUAUUAUUUGUGUAAAUGAAGCAUUUGAAUGUCAUAUCUUUUAAAAGUAUUUCAUUGUAUACUGUAUCAUAGAAGUUGGAGAUACAUAGAUUGUUUUUGCUAAAGUGAAAAAUUCCCCAAGUUCUCUAACAUUACUUUUUAAAUUUAAUUUUUCAUAUUAAAUAGUUAUGAGUUCUUGCUGUGCUAUGUGAUGUUUAUGUGUUUCAAUGUUUUUUGUCUUUAGCAGCAUAAUUUAUAUUACUUUUUCAAAUGAUGUAGCUGCAAUAAUUGUAUUCAUCAUGACUUUGGAAAUUUUUAACAAAAUUUUAAAAGAUCCAGUGACAGUCUGUAGUGAUUAUUGCAUUGAUAAUGUUUUAAAUGUCCAGGUUCUAUAUUUUAAAUAGCAAGAAAACACA